UAUCCACAUUUUGAUUAUGCAAAUUUGGCCUACAUUGACUAGCAUUUACAACUACUUAAGUCAAGAAAUGAAGUUUCUCAUCAGUACAGUUAGGCCUUUCAAAGCAGCAUAUAUAGCAGGUAGCUUAAUUAGCUUCUAUACAAGGCAAAGUUUCAUGAUCAGAAAUCAGAACCUCAGCUCCCAAAGAUAUAUGGAUCAUUCCAACUCCAUCUGUCCAGCCUUGUUUGUGUUCAUCAUCUUGUUAAUCCAAACGCCGGAAACUUUGUGUCAAAAUAAUGGCAGCAGUGGUGAGUAUGAGGCCUGCGGUGAGCCAUUCAACUGCGCCAAUAUUGAAAACGUAGGCUACCCUUUCUGGGGAGGGAGCCAGCCGGCCUACUGCGGCCAUCCAAGCUUUGAGCUGGACUGCAGUAAAGACUUGCCGGAAAUUACAAUCCAAUCGGUGAAAUACAGAGUUGUUAAUAUCAGCAACCGAGCAGACACGGCCACUAUUGCCAGAGAUGAUCUGACAAGCAAUAUUUGUCCCUCCAAUCCUCGUAACGCAUCCUUGGACUUCAACCUCUUCAGCUACGUUUCUUCUGGCGCCGACAAGAACAUCUCCUUGUUCUACGGUUGCACCUCGGUUUCAUUGGUUUCCAACCUCUUCAACUGUAACUCGACCGGAAAUGGCCUCUGGUCGCGCAGUACAGGAUUGCCCAGUAAUAAUAACAUCAAGUGCGGGUUUGAGAUCUUUGUUACUGUCACUCAAGAAGCUUUUGAGGCUUUGGGUAAUGCUUCCCAGCUUGCUUCGGAGGAGCUCCUGAGAACAUCCGUUGCUGGUGGUUUUGCUGUGGAGUGGAAAGCGAAUAAUAGCUUAUGCGAGGAGUGUAGAAGCUCAGGGGGAAGAUGCGGUUCCAAUGCCAAUCUCAUUUCGACACAAUUUGUUUGCUAUUAUGAAUCUAAAAAAGGGCUUAGCACUGUUGUGGAUAUUCCUUUUGAAUCUAAAAAAGGGCUUAGCACUGGUGUGAAAUUUCCUUUUGAAUCUAGAAAAUUGCUUGCCAUUAAUGUGAAAGACGAUCAAGACUAUUCAAAAUUUCUUCUCCCAACAUUUGGUAGCUUUCCAAUAUAUCUAGUUUAUUAUCCGCUUGGCAUAUUCGGAAUAAUAAUAACUUUAGUGCUUAUAAUCCGCUGCUGCAAAAGGAAGAGUGAUGAAAGCAUAGAAAGAAUUGAAGCAUUCAUAAGGACUAAUGGAUGCAAUGCUACCAAGGUAUAUACUUAUUUGGAUAUAAAGAAAAUGACCAAUUCAUUCAAAGACAAAAUAGGUGAAGGAGGUUUUGGUAGUGUAUACAAAGGAAAACUGCCUGAUGGAAACCCAGUAGCUGUGAAGCUAUUGACCGACACAAAGGGGACUGGAGACGACUUCAUAAAUGAAGUUGCUAGCAUUUGUCGAACUUCCCACGUGAACAUAGUUACUCUUGUAGGGUUCUGUUACCAGAAGAAAAGAGCUUUGGUCUAUGAAUUCAUGCCCAAUGGAUCAUUAGACAAGUACAUAGGCAACAAGGGGUCACAAAAUAUGAGUUGUCUGGAGUGGAAGACGUUGUACCAGAUUGCAAUUGGCAUUGCUCGAGGACUAGAAUAUCUGCAUAGAGGGUGUAACACAAGAAUCAUGCACUUUGACAUUAAGCCUAACAACAUUCUUUUGGACAAGGAUUUCACCCCCAAAAUCUCAGAUUUCGGCCUGGCAAAACUGUGCAAGAAAGAGCAGAGCAUUGUAUCGCUAUCAGCGUGUGGUGUUAGAGGAACAAUAGGAUACAUUGCUCCAGAAGUUAUCUUCGGAAGCAUUGGAAAUGUCUCACACAAGUCUGAUGUUUAUAGUUAUGGCAUGACCGUUAUUGACAUGGUGGGAGUAAGGGAGAACGUAAACGCGGCUCAAACGAGUGACUUAUAUUUCCCGAAUUGGAUAUAUGAGCAUCUGGAGCAAGGAUUAGAUUUCAGUCUUGAAGGCAUCAUAGAUGAGGAGGAUAAAGAAAUGGCAAUGAAGAUGAUAUUGGUUAGUUUGUGGUGCAUCCAAACAAAUCCAGCAGACCGCCCUUCCAUAAGAAGAGUGGUGGAGAUGUUGGAGGGAAGCAUUGGCUCCUUGCAGAUUCCACCCAAACCAGUUUUCUGUCCUCCAACGGAGUUCCCUCAGCUGUUCUCUACAUCAUCAUCAGUUACCACAGAAAUUUGAUGCAAGAAAGGGUCGAUAAUGUAUCAAAUGAGGAUUUUAAGUAUGGGAUCUUAUGACAUAAUAUCUAAAUAAUACUGCCAACC